AUGAUCCGGACCCAUCUGCCGCGAGGGUACAUAUGGUCGGCAGCGAGUGAAUUCCAGCGGACAGAGCUUUUUCGCGACAUCGUCUAUGAAGAUGCAGAAUCCAUCGACCACGAGAGACUGCUGCCCGACUCGGAAGACGAGUUCCCUCUGUCCGAGCGCAUCCUAAAGCGGCAGAAGAUCGAACAGCUGGCCAGUGACUUCCUUGACGGAGAGGAACUGAGCAUUCUUUCAGCACGACUAGAUGCGACAGCCCUCGUUGAUGCUCUGUCGUGGUUCUUUGAUAGGCCGAAGGAAGUCGGACAAGCCAUCGCGAAUGCAGACUGGGAUGAGGGCUCGCAGGAGAGCUGGCAAGACGUCGACGAUGACUGGGACUUCCUACGGAAGCACUGCGCCACGCGAGACAUUGCGCAUCGGCAUGACGACGGGAUGCAGAAUGUGGUGGGCCCGCCCUCCAUAGAGGAGGAGGAGGAGGAGGAGGAGGUUGUCGUGGAAGCCCGGCAGUCCAGCUGCCGACGUCGGAAAAGCCAACGUCUGGCCCGGAUUUCCUUUGGUCCCAGUGCAGCUGCUCUUCGAAAGGCAGCUGAUCUGCGAAACAGGAAGCUCAGAGCCGCUGCGUCCAAUACUGUCGAGUCCAUCCCCCAGUCUUGUCCACGGAAGAUAGUAGAAAAUAGUCAGUUCGAACCAGAAUCUACCAUCUCUGCGGAACAGGACACUCUCUCGGAUUGUGGUCCAUCGCCCACUCCCGCGUGGACGAGUGCAAUGUGGCGAAGUAAAGGCGCCUUCAGACCACCUCGAAGGCCCCGACCUGUUCUCAAGGCCGUAGAUCAAGAUUGCAGUCGAGAUGAGCUGGGUUGGUCAUCGUUCAACAGCAUACCCUCUCAUUCCGCCCGAACUCGAUCUGCCGCCAGAGUCGUUGCUGAGCGUGAAGCCGGCACACAAAACAGCCAGAACGCUGCCGUGACCGCGCUUAUAUCGUCCGCCGAGUCUGUCUCGUCUCCUGUCACUGAGUCCGCUAGUCGCCCCUGUCGUGACAGAGACGCCGUGUCUACGAUCGACGAGCAGUCAGGAGACGCUUCUGAGCAGGCCCUCGCGCAAUCGGGGUAUUUGGCUGUACCCGCUGUUCUCGAGAGUAGUGGUAGCCAGGGAGAUAGCCAAACUAGACUUCUCGAGCAGCAAGGCGUCUUGGCAAAGCCCCGGAAGUCCUGGGCGACCGUAAACCACGGCCAGGUGAUCUCAAUCGAGCAGGAAGCGAUUCCACCUCGUGCAAUUCCUGGAGAUGCCACAAAGGAUGAUGCUCCACCACGCACCAGAGCCAGCAUACUCCAGUCAGCCAGACUGAACGCUAGCAAACCGCGGAAGGCAAGAACCGCAAAGUCAGCUGGAGGUACACCCAUGGCCACAGUCUCUCAGGUCAAGCGACGUUCCGAUCGACGGCGCUCUGCUCCUUCAGAGUCGCAGAAAGCUGCCGAUGCCCUGCAAGAUCUGGCAUCGGAUCAACAAAGUCACGUGAGCAUUACUCGUAUGCAGUACAACGAAUCUGCUCCUGCGAAGAACUCAUCGCCCUUCGUGUAUCGCAAGCGCACCGCCAAAUUCGAAAAUAGCAGCGAUGAGCCAGGUCUCGAACCAGUCAUGCCACAAAAGGUGCCAGCCACAGUAGCAGCACCUGCGAAGGCAUUGGCAAAGACGCCCAGGCGUGCAGUCAACUUCCAAUCAUCCGACGUGAAUGAGAACUUUCAGGACCCACGAACGCCUUUAGUCAAUGAGCACAUCAACCAACUCUUACCCCGAAACUCCACUACUGGCCCGCGAUCUCGCUCUUUACGAUCAUCACUUCGACAAGAAAUGAUUGCGUCCGGUGCCGAGCUCAGUCGCGCAGACGGAGAUCAGUCUUCGCAGCCGCAGAUGACAGGCUCUCCAGGAGCAGAGGAAUCGCCAGGGGAAGAGACUGUUUUAGCAGAGUCUUUCAUGGAAGAGGACAAUACUCGGAAUAUAUCCAUCCUUGCAGAUUCACCGCAGCCUGGACCGGAAGUCCAGCAGCAGCAGCAGCAGCUGUGGCCAGGCACUCAAGCCAUGCUUGCUCAAGCUCAGCAUGAGUUGUUUACGUCCCCCAACAAGACGGACUCGGCCCUUUAUCUUGGUGACAAGAGUACACCUCAGGUCCAAUCCAAGAAUGCUACAGGACGUCGGCGGCGUCCACUUGGGGGGCUUUCUCAGGAGCCCAUGCCCAGUACGCAAGCACUGCUUCAGGACUGGCAAGGCUGGUCCAGUAUCAAGAAACCCAGGCAACCGGGCAAGAGAGUCAGCAUUGUGCAAUCGCCAACAGUGGACAAAUGUGCUCCGGAUCUGAUUGCAUCGCAACCCGUUCAGUCGUUCGAAGAUAAAGCCAGACGUCGGAGCAGCCUUCGUUUCUCCAUGUCAUUCUCACAGGACUCUCCGGUUCGAGACUGGACAGAUGGGCCAGCUUCAGGAGCACCGCAGUCCACGGCUCUCGUGCCAGCCUCCUUUGCAGAGCCAAACGUUGCUUCCUGGCCGAAGCCAAGUGGCAAAGUUGCGUCUUCUGCUUCAUUCGAAUCUAGCUUGUUGCCAAUGGCUGUUGCAGCUCGGGCACAAUCCGCCACCGAACUGAACGAAGCAGCGACGACAUUGGCUGUCUCACCUCUGAUGGACGACGAUGGAACUACCGUGAAUUGCAGCUUUGGUGUGACUCCUGCGGCGCCCGUACAGAGCAAGCAACCCGACGCCGAGCCGACGGCGGUCGACAGCAAUGCUGCACCGCAGUCUUCACCCAAAGGCAUGUCAUUUAGGAGAUCACCCGUCCCGGUCGAGGUGCCGCAGCCAUUAAUUGAAUAUGAGGAAUCCCUGGUUGGUGAGCUGAGUUUUGGAGCUCCAGAUGUGAUGGGUGGCGAUGAUCUUGCAGCAUCUAUGCCUAGCUAUUUGAUGGUUCAGAAUGCUCAGGCGGUAGUGUUCACCACAGAGUAUGACACGCAGGAGUUGAUGACGACCAUAGGUGAAUUGGCGGAGGAUAUACUGGGCACUGCUGCGACAAUUAGCUUUUGAGAAAAACAUACCAAAAUGAUGGCCAAGGAGAAAGGGACUACCAUGAGAUAACCAGCGUAUUCUUUUGUGGAAUUGCCCGUAUGACGACAACAAAAAUUCUAGUGCAGGAGAUGAGCUGAAUUCCACUGUCAGAUUCUUGAUGGCAGCUACUGGUGAGAUGCUAGUGACUUUGUACAGAUCACUUUCAGCUUGAUAUGGAUCCUGCCGGACAAGUCAUCGAACAUCACAUCUGGAACACUGCAGCGAAUUCUCGAAAACGCACAAGAAUUGGACAUUGUCAGCGUGAAUAAGUGUAAAUACCUCCUGGCAUGUUCCCACUUCAACAGGACUCCCAUACGCGAUGGCAUCAGUUUGAUGCGUUCAAUGUCCCAGGCUGUGGCUGGUGUGAAGAAGAUGUUCAGGAGUUGUAUUUGGUAAUGGGUGACCUAACUUGGUCUCGUUUGCAGUAAGCUCUUACCUACUUAUCAUCACCAUGCAAAGGAUUCCGAGAGCAGUCGAACAGGGCGGCUUGACGUCCUCGCCAGACGGCACACAACUUCUCUCACCUCUUCCAUCAUAGAUCGGGGGCCGCUCACUAACACAACAAGUUCACCGAGCACUGGGAGCUUGCGGUGCCGCGCCAGCAGGGAAGUCGAGCCGUCGCAGACUCGGAUGUAGAGCGUCAGCGAGGCUUUGUAGUCACCCAGAAGACUUUUAUCCGCACUGUGCUCAGAGACCAUCUGACUUUUGGUGCAUUCCAGGUCUUUCGUAAUGCCGAGAGCUUUUUCGUCCGGCUGAGUCGCUUCGAGACUGCUCUCUGAUGGAGUGCCCGAUGGUACUGUCGAAAAGGUGGUCGAUAUCGAAAACGGAUGAUUCUCCCAUACGCGCCACGUCAAGGUUGGGAAGUAGAAAUACCCAUGGCCGUCUCCAGUCAAACCCUCGAUAUCCACUCGGCAAUAGUUGUCGUCGAUGACGGUGAUGGAAGCCGUCCGGAUGCCGUACCGUGCCACGCGCAGAAGACGCACCAAGCGAUCGAAAGCCCAUAUACCGAAUGCGAUAUAGAUCCAGAGCUCAUAGCCCCACUGAUGUGCGAAGUUGUAGUAGAUGUGCAAGUAACACCCGACCAGCGACAACAGUGCGAUGGCAAAGUGUGAUGCCAAGAAGAGUUCGUAGGCCCUCUUGCGAAUCGAUUGGACGGAUGCGGGAAGAAGAAUAGUGAAACCGAGAGUGGCAAUGAUGCCCCAAUACCAGUAAGGUAGCCUCGAUUCGGAUUGCUUCGACGGCGCAUAUCACGGCCACCCAGCUGUGCAAGAUGACAAAAGUCCCAUGGUCCCAAUU